AUGGCGACCCAGCGCCCCACCCCCUCCUCCGACGCCGCCACCAAGCAGCGCAUCAUCAACCACAUGAACACCGACCACUCCACCUCCCUCACCGACUUCCUCCAGCACUACUCGCGCCUGCCCCCCUCCCUCGCCGCCACCGCCGAGCUCGUCGACAUCUCCCUCACGCAGCUCACCAUCUCCUCGCGCUCCUCGCCCACCGCCACAACAACAACCUACAUCCCCAUCCGGCCCUCGCCCAUGGCCUCCUACGCCGACGCGCGCGACAGAAUGGUCUACAUGCACCACGAGGCCCUCGAGGGCCUCGGCAAGAGCCCGCUCGUCGUCGACGUCUACGUGCCCCCGCGCACGCCCGUGCAGUGGCUCACGUUCCUGGGCGUGUGCUUGGGCUACUACGGGUUUAGCUUUAGGAGCAAUUUUGAGCCCGGCGCGGCGAUUCAUGAUUAUCUACUCGCCCCCUUCCCGACGUUCGCGGCGCUCUGCGCGCGCUUCCACUUUGAGUGGCUGUUCCUGAUGCUCCUGAUCCAUGUCGCCGAGGCGGUGCAUAUGGCGCGGGGACGGCUGCGCAGGCACCAGACGCCGAGGUUUGGGGGUGUGUGGUGGAUGUGGGUGGUGGGUACGUUCUUUGAGGGAUUUGGAAGCUUUUUGAGGUUUGAUCAGGCGGUGGAGGGGGUUAGAGAGAAGAGGGCGAAGGCGACGCAUUAG